GAUCUGCACAUGUCAGGCUGUGCUCUUGCCCACGUGUGGGUUGUGAUACACCUCAGGAAAAACUGGGAAGAGAUCUGCCAUUGGCUCCUUCCUGUGCAGUGUGUCAUCUGGCAGCUGUGUAUAUCACAGGGAACACAGGGACCAUUCUGCUGCUGAGCAAAUCUGCUUCACUGAGUAGUCAGAGAUACUUGAAGAGAGAAAAGCAAAGCAGAAGGCAGUCCUUGCUUUUUUGUUUCUGCCAGGCUCUGAAAACUCUUGGGAAACAGAAACCUGAUGGAUUAAGGACGGUGUGGAGAGCCACUAAAGCAGAUUUCUAAGGAAAGUUGCAGACUGAAGAAGAACAGUGCCCAAAAGGAAAUAUUCACUAAGAUUUCUUCCUUGGUGCAGAGAGAAAGUGUUUGGGGAUCUCUGAUAUUUCAGCUUCUCUCUGGGGGACAUAUGGGACUUAAGAAGGACAGCUGACAGGGAGCCUCUGAGGUGAAGCUGGUGUGUCCCCAGCACAGGCAGAAGGACCCAUUUAUCAACUCUUUUCUCUAGUUUGCAACCAUGGGGCAGACUUUUAAAAUGCAAGUGUGUGUGUUCCCUCCUGCAACCACCGGCUUUAGCAGCUGAGCUGGCAGAAGGCACUGAGGAGUGUGUGGCUGGAGCAGGGCUCUGCUGCCCCAGCCAUGAGACAGCACACCUGGUUCCCCUUGCAGUACAUGCCCAAGCCCUUCUGGAGAGCGGAGAACCACAACACCAGCAGCUUCUUCUCUGCACUGUACGGCUUCCCUAACCAGUCCUUCUUCCACAGUGACUUGAACCUGGAGGACCUGGGGGACUUUGACAGCGGAGCCAAGUACGAGGGCGAGUCCCAGAGCCGGACGGUGAAGGCGCUGCUGAUCGUCGCCUACUCCGUGAUCAUCUGCAUCUCACUCUUUGGCAACAUCCUGGUGUGCCACGUGGUCAUCAAGAACAAGAGGAUGCACUCUGCCACCAACCUCUUCAUCGUCAACCUGGCUAUCGCUGACGUGAUGAUCACCACGCUGAACACCCCCUUCACACUGGUGAGGUUUGUGAGCAGCACCUGGGUUUUUGGGAAGCUGAUGUGUCACAUCAGCCGGUUUGUUCAGUACUGCUCUGUCCACGUGUCUGUGCUGACCCUUGCUGCCAUUGCACUGGACCGGCACCAGGUGAUCAUGCACCCUCUCAAGCCACGCAUGUCCAUGGUGAAAGGAGGGAUUUGCAUCAUCAUCAUCUGGGUUAUGGCCAGCUGCUUCUCGCUGCCUCACGCCAUUUAUCAGACUCUGACAAGGUUUUAUAUUGGGAACAAAACCAUCCGAAUGGUCUGCCUCCCCAGUUUCCCUCCUCCUGCUGAUCUUUUCUGGAAGUAUUUGGACCUGACUACAUUUGUACUCUUGUAUGUUCUGCCUUUGCUUGUGAUCUCCAUCACAUACACCAUAGUGGCCAAAAAGCUCUGGCUGAGGAACGCCAUUGGGGACCUCACCAUGGAGCAGUACUACGCCCAUCAGCGGAAGAAGAAGAUGACGCUGAAGAUGCUGAUGGUAGUGGUGGUUGUGUUUGCCGUGUGCUGGUUUCCCCUGAACUGCUACGUGGUGCUGAUCUCCUGCAGGGCCAUCCACAGCAGCAACGCUCUGUACUUUGCUUUUCACUGGUUUGCCAUGAGCAGCACCUGCUACAACCCCUUCAUCUACUGCUGGCUGAACGAGAGCUUCCGCGCGGAGCUGCGCUCCCUGCUGUGCGUGUGCCGGCGCAGGAGCGCGGCUCAGGGCCACGCUCUGCAGCCCAUCUCCCCGCUCUUCCGGCAUGCCAAGGCUGAGAACUGCCGCUACAAGAGAAGCAGCACAUGCCAGAAGGCACAGGUACCCUCCCAGAGGAGCUCUGCAAGGACAGACAUAUCCAGCGUGCAGCCCAUUGUGGCAGAAAGCUGAGCCCUUCGUCUGACUGCUGCGCAGCAUCACGUAGGGAUUGCAAAAUCAUGGGGAAAGUGAGUUUGGAAGGGUCUCUGGAGACCAUCAAGUCAAUCUUCUGCCCACAGCACAAAAACUUCAACCUUUGACUGGGUCAUUCAGGACCUUGUUCUCUCAGGUAUCAAAAUUUGCUAGGGAUGAAUUGCCCACUUGUGGGCUGCAGAAUGAGGGGUGUUGAGUGAAUUUUUCAUUCAGCAAAAAUGAAUUCUUUAACUGCACACAAAGCCUUUCAUGGUCUAAGCAAAUAUGGGGAAGCUACACUGGUUUUACACACACCAGCUGCUCACUGUGGCUUGAUGUAAAGCUGUUAGGGCUUUAACUUUGUGAACUGACACUUUUUUGGCAUAAAAUCUAAAUUAUUUUCACUUUCAAUAAUAUUUUAUUUUUUACCAGUCCUCAAGAGCUGUGUUCUUUGUGGCUUCCCUGCCAGCCUGGCAGCCCUUCUCAUUGGGUCAGCCUGUCCUCCUGUCCUGUAGUUAUCCUGUGGGCAGCAGCAGCAGCAACCUUUUGACAGCUAUGGAACUUGGGGCUCUGCCUUUGUCUGAGAUGGAACCAGCAUUGUGUUGGUUCCAUCACAACGGAACAAACCAGACCUGCAGGUUUUCAACCAAACAGGCAGGAGAUGGAGGAAGUUUAACAAACCUGUUACAUGUGAACGGUCAUGUAUUCCCUGCUCAGUUAAAAUGAGCAUCUGACAAUGUGUCACAGCAUUCACCUCAAGCACAGCAUGUCACAGCUGCAGUCCUGCAUGAAAGGCUGCUUGAAUUUGGAAAUCAAGAUGCUUUGAUGGGUACAAAAAUAUGUGACCUGAGAAUGUAUUUGUAUUUCAAAGAGAAACUGUGAAGGGGAGGAAAGAGUAAGAGCAACACUAAUCUUGCUUUUUUCCUAAGUUAUUGUGGGGAGGAGGAGGACAACAGCAGUUAGGACAGGGACAGGGACAGGGACAGGGACAGGGACGUGGCUUGGGGACACUGCAAAUCCCAGUGGUAUUGACAGUACUAAGGCUUCAGGUCUGCUCCCAUCUGAGGCACAGUGGUAUCUUUUCCUUCACAUCUGCAGGAAUUACUCUGCUGAGGAUAUGCCAUGGGGAGGAAAUGGAAUUAGAAGCAUCUCUUCAGAGAGCAAAUACCCAAGGCUCAGGUAUUGGCUCUGACCAGGUGAGCCUUCGAUUUGGUUCCACUGGAGCAGAGUCCUGGCACAGCAGAGGCAGUACCAAAACCUUUAAUUCUGUGUUACAAGUAAAUUACAGCACAAACCAGACAUUACUCCUACGCUGGGUGUUUUACUGUCUGGAAAACUGAGAAUCCACAACACUACAAAUAGCAUUUCCCUACUAUUACUGUCUGGAGGUUUCUAUAAACAAAAUCUCUUCUUUAAAAACCAAACCAAUCAAAAAUGCAAAUAAACAUUGUUACUGUAACAAUAAAACUUAUUCUCCUUCAAAUGCUCUUCCCUUUACAUUGGAAAAAAUCAAAGAGAUUAAAUAAUACAGAGAACUGUCAAACUGCUUACUCUGGGCUAAAUAAAUCAGUCUGUUCUUGUCCCUCAUCCUUCAUCAUGCUGGCUCAGCAUCCCUCAGCCUUGUGUGAAGGGAUGGAUGGUGCAAAGGUUAAACCCACAGGCUGCCCGUCUGAGCGUGGCAGCAGGCAGACAUCCCUCACCUGGCAACAGCUCUCCAAGGGACAGUUUGCUCUCAGAUGAAAAGCUGACAUUGUUGCCUCAUAGCACAUCCCAUGCUGAUUCCUGCACAGCAGCGCCUUCCUCAGUAGGAGUCUGCAGUCUGGCUAUGCUGAGCUGCCUUAAAAAACAUUGUGAUUGGUUUUUGUAAAAGUCUGGCAAACUUCCCCCUGAUUACAUACAACCUCCCAUUGGAUGCUCUUGCUUGAAUACGCUGUUAAAAUAUCUGUGUGGUUGUAAUUCAGUAAGAUUUGAUUUACCAAUGUUCUUUGGGGGCUAACACUCAAAUAAAAUACUGAUUCAGCACCCUCUCUCUCA